CUCACAAAGCCUCCAGUGUGUUAUUGGCUAAUGGUUAUUAUACACUUAUGUUAUUUAUCAAUCCUGCACAGAUUGCACACAUUACUAGACUUAAAUAAGUCUCCUUAUGAGACGGACUGCUUCCUCAAAACGACUGUGUUACUAAGUCACCGCAAUGUUUCUGUUUAGAAGACACAAGUGAAUGUAGCUGACAUGGCUGUAUAGUGGUGUGGGUGUGAAGGACGAAUUUAUUGUUGGAGGAUUCAUUUCUGCAGGGAUAAAGCAGAGUACUCUACAGAUACAGGAUCACACUGCUCUGGGGGCUGUAUUUGAAGAAGCUGGACCACAAUGCAAAGCAUCAAGUGUGUGGUGGUUGGAGACGGAGCCGUGGGGAAGACCUGCCUUCUAAUCUCCUACACCACCAAUGCCUUUCCUAAGGAGUACAUCCCCACUGUGUUUGACAAUUACAGCUCAGAGAUCACAGUGCAGUCCAAACCCAUCAGUCUUAACCUAUGGGAUACAGCUGGUCAGGAAGCAUAUGAUCGCCUGCGCACAAUAUCUUAUCCCCAGACCAAUGUCUUCGUCAUUUGCUUCUCCAUCUCCAGCAUGACCUCUUUUGAGAAUAUCAAGCUGAAAUGGUAUCCUGAGGUAACAAAACACUGCCCCAAUGUGCCCAUACUUUUAGUAGGAACAAAGAAAGAUCAUAGACAGGAUCCGGAAAUUCUGCAAAAGUUAAAGGAACAGAAACUGACUCCUGUCACAGAGCAGCAGGGAAGGGCUCUGGCUCGUGAAAUCAAAGCUGUCAAGUAUCUCGAGUGCUCGGCUCUCAACCAAGAUGGCGUGAAGGAAGUAUUUGAAGAGGCUGUCAUUGCCCACCUCAACCCAAAGCCCGAGCGUAAAAAGAUAUGUGUCUUUUUAUAAAAUUGGUUUAUAAAACAUGUUUUUUUUUCUUUCUCUCUCUCUAAGGACUCAGUUAUGAGCUUAUCUGAAAAAUGGACUACAAAGCAGUCUCUGAUUUCUUUUUAUGUACUAAACUAACAUAAAUAACUAGACAAGGAAGUUUUUAAAAACAGACUCGUUACAGAUUCCUCUGCUUCUAUUUUAAGCUUAAAUGAACAGAGUUUAUUUACUAUACGUUCUCUACAUAAUCAUGAGUGAGAAAUAUGAACCAGUGAAUUCUAGCUGUGACAGUGUACCUCAACAUCUCCGGUUCAUACAUGUAGGUGUCUCAAAGAGAUAGGUGCACGGGACAAAUUUUAUUGGUUCUAUUUCCAAAUACUUGGAGUCUAAUUUAAAUCACUAUACACCUGAACAGACAGUUACUACAAUACAGUGUUUUUUUUUUUUUUUUUUUAUCCCACAAGCUAUUGGAUACCUGCUCAUACCACAUUCUCAUAUCACCUGCUUUGACAACACUUUUUGUUUUGUCAGUCUUGAUGCACCCUUCUGUUCUCAGAUCCCUAGUGAACAUUUCUAGCAAAAUGUUGUUAAAAACCUCUUAGAACUGUCCUAUGACCAAGUCUCAUGAUUGUAAUGAAACACACACAAAGUUAGUCAUUGCUGAUUUUUACAUUUUGAUGCUGAAUCAUUGGCCUAAUGGAUGUGAACACUCUGUUAGUCAUCAGAUGUGGUGGUGUCGGAGUGUCCAGGAUCCAGUGUCCUGUUAGUAAGACUUACAUCAGCAAAAAAUAAAAAUACCACAAUGGUCUUUUAUUCCAUACUGCAAUACUGUCUGGUUGAGUGGGAGUUUACUUAAAAUGGAAACAUUUGAUCUGUGACGUUUAUGAUACGAGAGAUGCAUGUUAAAACAUUAUCCAUUUCAUAAUUAUGAUUGUAUAUAACUCACAUAAUUUUUGUGUAAUAUAUGCUCAUUUGAAAAGACUAUGAAGGUGCAUUUCAUCAGGCUUAACAUGGUUAUGACCUAAAAUUGCAGCAUAACAAGGGAACAGCAUUUGAUAAAAUGUGA